UAGCUCGACAGCUCGACUCACUGCGUCGUCUAACCCCAACGAGUGCAGUUGAUUCUUUCCAGAAACGCGCGCGUUUUGACCUGGCCCGUGUCUCGGUUGGCCAUCGAUUUUGUGCAGAAAAUUUCAAAAGGACUCCAUUGUGCGCGAGUAAAAGAAUUUCCGUUGGUCGUGUGAAAAACUGUGCGGCAUUAAGUACUAAAAAUGUACGCUAAAUAAAACGAAAAAAACCAUUCAUAACAUUAUAAAAUUUGUAAAAUUUCUAUUAUCAUCGAAGCUAAUUCGAAAAUCAAAAAAUUGCUCAUAACAUGAUUACAUCAAAGGACUUUUCUUAAGUGUUCUACGAGUUAAAAGCCAUUAUUUAAUUGGCUUCUUAAUACAAGUUAACCGCAACCUAAGACAACCCAAGUCGGAGCCGAAGCCGGAGCCGGGGCCACGAUGUCGUCGGUUAAGGUAGCGGUGCGGGUGCGCCCGUUCAACUCGCGGGAAAUAGCACGGGAGUCCAAAUGCAUCAUCGAGAUGACCGGUGCCACAACGGCCAUUACCAAUCCGAAAGUGCCACCCAACACAAGUGAAUCCGUAAAACGCUUCAACUUUGAUUAUUCCUACUGGUCACAUGAUCCACACGAUUCCGAUUUUUCUACACAAUCCAUGGUCUACAAGGAUAUUGGUGAGGAGAUGCUGCAGCAUUCCUUCGAUGGCUACAACGUGUGCAUCUUUGCCUAUGGCCAGACUGGCGCUGGCAAGUCAUACACCAUGAUGGGCAGGCAGGAGGAGCAACAGGAGGGCAUUAUACCCAUGAUAUGCAAGGAUCUAUUUCUACGCAUUCAAGAAACCGAAACCGAAGAUCUCAAAUACUCGGUGGAGGUUUCCUAUAUGGAAAUCUAUUGUGAACGUGUCAGGGAUCUCUUGAAUCCCAAGAACAAGGGCAAUUUGAGGGUGCGUGAGCAUCCUCUUUUGGGACCCUAUGUGGAGGAUCUAUCCAAGUUGGCUGUCACCGAUUACCAGGACAUUCACGAUCUCAUUGACGAGGGCAACAAGGCGCGUACUGUGGCCGCCACAAACAUGAACGAGACAAGCUCCCGCUCCCAUGCGGUCUUCACGAUCUUUUUUACACAACGUCGCCACGAUCUCAUGACAGAUUUGAUAACCGAGAAGGUAUCCAAGAUUAGUCUAGUCGAUUUGGCUGGCUCGGAGCGUGCGGACUCAACUGGAGCCAAAGGCACUCGCUUGAAGGAGGGCGCGAACAUCAACAAGUCUCUUACUACACUGGGAAAGGUCAUAUCCGCUCUAGCGGAGGUUUCUGCUUCAAAGAAGAAGAACGCUAAGAAGGCAGACUUUAUACCGUAUCGUGACUCGGCUUUGACCUGGUUACUACGUGAGAAUCUUGGCGGUAACUCCAAGACAGCCAUGAUAGCUGCCAUAUCGCCAGCUGACAUUAAUUACGAUGAAACACUAAGCACUUUACGCUAUGCUGAUCGUGCCAAGCAAAUUGUCUGCAAGGCCGUUGUCAAUGAGGAUGCGAAUGCCAAACUUAUACGGGAGCUCAAGGAGGAAAUACAGAAACUGCGGGACCUUCUCAAGGCCGAGGGCAUUGAGGUGCAAGAAGGACCCGAUGGCAAAGUGGUGUGUGAGAAGCGCGAUGCUAAUAAAGACGAGAUUACCAAGUCAUCGGUGAUCAAAUCACCGACCAAGGGUCGCAAUCGCAAUGGUUCCAGCACGGAAAUGGCCGUGGAUCAGCUGCAGGCUAGCGAGAAACUCAUUGCAGAACUCAAUGAGACCUGGGAGGAGAAACUCAAGCGUACCGAGGAGAUACGUGUGCAACGGGAGGCGGUCUUUGCCGAAAUGGGCGUGGCCGUUAAGGAGGAUGGCAUCACAGUGGGCGUAUUCUCACCAAAAAAGACGCCACAUCUGGUUAAUCUUAAUGAGGAUCCGAAUUUGUCCGAGUGUCUGCUGUACUACAUCAAGGAUGGCCUAACACGUCUUGGCACCCACGAGGCCAAUGUGCCACAGGACAUCCAGCUGUCGGGAUCGCACAUAUUGAAGGAGCAUUGCACCUUUGAGAAUCGUAAUAGCACAGUCACCCUAUUGCCUCACAAGGAUGCCAUCAUCUUUAUAAACGGACGUAAACUGGUCGAGCCCGAGGUGCUCAAGACUGGCUCUCGCGUCAUUCUGGGCAAGAAUCAUGUGUUUCGCUUUACCAACCCGGAACAGGCACGCGAAUUGCGUGAGAAGAUCACCGAAAACGAGGCAGAGAAUGAGGUGGAAAAAGACGACACCCAGCAAGUGGAUUGGAACUUUGCCCAGUGCGAAUUGCUGGAGAAACAAGGCAUCGAUCUGAAGGCGGAGAUGAAGAAACGUCUCGACAAUCUGGAGGAGCAAUAUAAACGUGAAAAGCAACAAGCCGAUCAGCAGUUCGAGGAACAGCGCAAAUCCUAUGAGGCACGCAUCGAUGCACUACAGAAACAGGUGGAGGAGCAGUCCAUGACCAUGUCCAUGUACAGCAGCUACUCACCCGAGGAUUUCCAUCAGGAGGAGGACGUUUACACCAAUCCUAUGUACGAGUCCUGUUGGACAGCACGCGAGGCAGGACUAGCUGCUUGGGCAUUCCGCAAGUGGCGUUAUCAUCAGUUUACAUCCCUUCGCGAUGAUCUCUGGGGCAAUGCCAUAUUCCUCAAGGAGGCUAAUGCCAUUUCGGUCGAGCUGAAAAAGAAGGUACAAUUCCAGUUUACCCUUUUGACCGACACCCUGUACUCUCCGUUACCUCCGGAGUUGGCCUCGAGCGUGGCACCUUUGCAGCCGGAUGACGAGUAUGGAGCACCACCAGUUUCCAAGACUCUGGUCGCUGUUGAGGUCACUGAUACCAAGAACGGAGCCACACAUUAUUGGUCACUGGAAAAGCUACGACAACGCUUGGAGCUAAUGCGAGAAAUGUAUCACAAUGAGGCUGAGCUCAGUCCAACCUCGCCAGAUUACAAUGUGGAGAGCCUAACUGGAGGAGAUCCGUUCUACGACCGCUUUCCAUGGUUCCGCAUGGUUGGUCGCUCCUUCAUCUACCUGAGCAACUUGCUCUAUCCCGUUCCCCUGGUCCACAAGGUGGCCAUUGUUAAUGAACGCGGCGAUGUACGCGGAUAUCUUCGCAUUGCCGUGCAGCCGGUGUUGGAUGAGGAGUCCAUUGAUUUUAACAAUGGCGUCAAACAGUCGGCUCGUCUGAUCUUCAAUGAGGACGAUGCCAAACCCAAAUACCGUGCCCUCAACGAGAAGGACGAUGUGCAGCGCUAUAUUGAUAAUGGUGGAUUAGACAGCAAGCUGGAGGAACUUGAAGAUGCCGACUCUGGUCGCGGUAUUGAUUCAAACUCGGCCUCUGAGUGCCAGGAGAACUCCGAGGAGCCGGGCGAACAUUUGCAGGUGGGCAAGGAGUUCACCUUCCGAGUUACCGUGCUGCAGGCCACGGGCAUUGGUGCCGAAUAUGCGGACAUUUUCUGUCAGUUCAAUUUUUUGCAUCGUCAUGAGGAAGCUUUCUCCACGGAGCCGGUAAAGAAUUCCGCAUCUGGUGCUCCACUCGGCUUUUACCAUGUGCAGAAUAUUACUGUGCCAGUGACAAAGUCAUUUAUUGAGUAUUUGAAGACACAACCGAUCAUGUUCAAGAUCUUUGGACACUAUCAGACUCAUCCACUGCACAAGGAUGCCAAGCAGGAGUUCGUUUCUCGUCCACCACCAAGACGCAUGCUGCCACCAAGCAUACCCAUUAGUCAGCCAGUGCGCAGUCCCAAAUUUGGACCGCUGCCCUGUCCGCCAUCCUCCACGGUCUUGGCGAAGCAUGAUGUGCUGGUGUGGUUCGAGAUCUGUGAGCUGGCACCCAAUGGAGAGUACGUGCCAUCGGUGGUCGAGCACAGCGAUGAUCUUCCCUGUCGUGGACUGUUUCUAUUGCAUCAGGGCAUACAGCGACGUAUUCGCAUAACCAUUGUACAUGAGCCCACGCCGGAGGUGAAGUGGAAGGAUAUUAAUGAGUUGGUCGUUGGACGCAUACGCAAUACACCCGAGUCCUCGGAUGAGCAGGAUGAAGAUGCCUGUGUACUUUCGCUUGGCCUAUUCCCCGGUGAGGUGUUGGAGGUGCCUGGCGAUGAUCGCUCAUUCUAUCGCUUUGAGGCCGCCUGGGACUCCAGUCUGCACAACUCGGCGCUCCUCAAUCGUGUUUCGCAAGGCGGCGAGACCAUUUACAUUACACUAAGCGCCUAUUUGGAGCUGGAGAACUGCGCACGUCCUGCAAUAGUUACCAAGGAUCUGAGCAUGGUCAUCUAUGGACGUGAUGCACGCACUGGUCCACGUUCGUUGAAGCAUCUGUUCUCUGGACAAUAUCGCAAUCCGGAGGCCAAUCGACUCUCGGGCGUCUAUGAGUUGUCGCUGCGCAGAGCAUCCGAAGCAGGUAGUCCAGGUGUACAGCGUCGUCAGCGUCGCGUUUUGGACACCAGCUCCACAUAUGUGCGUGGCGAGGAGAAUCUACAUGGUUGGCGACCACGAGGCGACUCACUGAUCUUCGAUCAUCAGUGGGAACUGGAGAAACUGACACGUCUCGAGGAAGUUGGACGUAUGCGUCAUCUGCUGCUGCUCCGUGAACGUCUCGGCAUGGACACCAAUCCCAAUCCGACCACCAAAACUGAGAAGGAUGUGUGCAAUCUGGCGGCACGAGCAGCUACCUCGCCAGUCCACAUGGUCAUACCGCAGUCGCCGCAAACUCCUGUCAAGGAUCCACAACAGAUGUUGCCCGACCGCGAGUACAAUCAACGGGAGCAGGAACUCAUGCUCAAGUGCUUGAAAUUGGUGCAAGGUCGCUAUAACAAAGUCGAAUCGAAUGAUACACAGACCCAGUCAGAUGUAUCUCCCAGCGAUGAGGGCUGUGCCGACAUGACCGUUAGCUGCGUCUCUAGCAACUCCAUGGAAAACAACAAAUUUGUAAUUCGACACAGAUUAUGCUCACCAGAUCGCGCUGAUGCCCCCAAUGGUUGGGAGGCACCUGCUCCAGCCACGCAACCGGCGCUGCCUUUGCGCUUAUAUGUCCCAGAGCUGGAGGAGAUUCGCGUUAGUCCCGUGGUGGCACGUAAGGGUCUCUUGAAUGUCCUAGAACACGGCGGCUCCGGCUGGAAGAAGCGCUGGGUGAUUGUGCGUCGUCCUUAUGUCUUUAUCUAUCGCUCGGAGAAGGAUCCCGUUGAGCGCGCUGUUUUGAAUCUGGCCACAGCUCAUGUGGAAUGCAGCGAGGAUCAGGCAGCCAUGGUUAAGAUACCCAACACUUUCAGUGUGGUGACCAAACAUCGAGGCUACCUGCUGCAAACUCUUGGCGAUAAAGAGGUGCAUGAUUGGCUCUAUGCUAUCAAUCCACUGCUGGCCGGUCAGAUCAGAUCCCGCCUGGCGCGUCGCACUUUGGAGCCGGCCUCGCAGACAGCCUCACAGAUUCAGGCCAGCAGCGCGGUGAAUCCAAACAGCGCGAAUAAAUGAGAUACAAUUACGAUGGAAUCCGUUUUGGUUUACUGAAACACAGGCUAUGGCUGGCUGCAGCGACUGGGAAUGGCCAGGCGACUGAUGCGCCGGCAGCUAAAUGAUAUAUAGCGGCAGGAUUCCAUCACCUAAUGAUGUUUGGUUAAAGAACGAACAAAAGAAAA